GAGGCUCAUAAUGAGGAGGCUCAGUCGUAGCUCGCCGCCCAGCAGGAAGGACAGAAGAUGUCGGACCAGUCGGCGUUUGAGACGGACGUAUGGACCCUGACCCGGUUUGUCAUCGAGACGGGGCGCCAGGCGAAAGGGGCGACGGGUGAGCUGACCCAGCUCAUCAACGCCAUGCUGACGGCCAUCAAAGCCAUUUCAUCUGCUGUGCGUAAGGCAGGCUUGGCCCACCUGCAGGGUCUGGCGGGCGCUGUGAACGUGACGGGGGACGACGUGAAGAAGCUGGACGUGCUGUCGAACGACCUGGUCAUCAACAUGCUGCAGGCCUCCUACAGCACCUGCUGCAUGGUGUCUGAGGAGAACAAGGAGCUCAUCGUCACCCCCCAGGAGAAGAGGGGGAAGUACGUGGUCUGCUUCGACCCUCUGGACGGCUCCAGUAACAUCGACUGCUUGGCGUCCAUCGGCACCAUAUUCGCCAUCUACAAACGUACCUCAGAGGGGGAGCCCACCGAGAAAGACGCCCUGCAGCAGGGCAACAACAUCGUGUGCGCCGGCUACGCCCUCUAUGGCAGCGCCACCCUGGUGGCCUUCAGCACGGGCGCCGGGGUCAACUUCUUCACACUCGAUCCUGCCGUCGGCGAGUUCAUCCUGACUGAAAGGAACGUGAGGAUCAAGCCCAAGGGGAAGAUCUACAGUCUGAACGAGGGCUACGCCAAGUACUUCCACCCCUCCAUCAAUGAAUACCUCAAACACAAGAAGUACCCCGAGGACGGCAGUUCGCCCUACGGAGCGCGAUACGUGGGCUCGAUGGUCUCAGACAUUCACCGCACCAUCGCUUACGGAGGGAUCUUCAUGUAUCCGGCCAAUGAGAAGAGCCCAAAGGGAAAGCUGCGGCUGCUUUACGAGUGCAACCCCAUCGCCUUCAUCAUCGAGCAGGCCGGUGGCCUCGCCACCACGGGCACGCAGAGGAUACUGGACGUUCAGCCUGAAUCGCUCCACCAGCGGGUGCCCUUUGUCGUCGGCUCCCCUGAUGACGUCAACGAGUACCUGUCCUUCGUCAAGAAGUUCUCAUAAAGCUGCGGGAGCUUCGACUGGCUGAAGAUUCUUAAAAUGUGGUUUUCUCACAGUCGUGACCUGAUGUUGUUUCUGCUUUAACAGCUAAAUAUUCAGCUUAACCUUAAAUAGAUUUAUAUUUCUUUCUGUUUUUAUGCAGCAUAUAUGACCCAACACAGGCACAUUCAUAAAUUAUGUCACAGUUAAUGACACCAGAAAUAAUUCAGGUAUCAGUCUGUGUUUUUGACUCUUUUUUUUUUUUUAGCAAAAAUCUGACUGUUGCCAUGUGCUCAGAGGGACUUGUGAUUUUAGGGUUUCCUCUGCAUGAUCGCAGGGCCUUUAGCUUCCAGCAUCCUCCAGCUGCAGAGGCCGCUGUGGCUAUUUAGUGCUAAAUAAAUUAAAGAUAUUUGAAUUCUCA